UCCCGUCCCCCUCCAUCUGAGAGCCUCUCCCAUUGGGAGACAUCACCAUCGACGCCCGAGUCCCGCAGCAGCAGCAGCAGCAGCGGUGGAGGAGGAGGAGGAGGAGGAGGAGGAACAUGGAGGAGACGGGGCAAUAGAGGCACAACAGGCGGCGAUCUAAAAAAAAAAAAAAAAAGAAUAUUUAUUUACCUAUUUAUUUAUUUAUUUAUCCGCCCCCCUCCCUCUCCCUCUCCCCCCUCUCGCCAGUAAUGGCCGGACUCCGCGGCUGCUGAAGAGGCAGGUGCAUCGACCGACGCGUUUUCCGCUCCUCGCCAUGGAUCCACAGGCCGGCUCCGCGGCGCACCGCUCCCCGGGACACACGCUUCCUCCGCGGGGAGAGGAGGAGAAGAAGAAGCUGUAGGACUGCGAGGUCUGGAGGAAAUAACCCCCCCACCACCCUGCACAAGAGGCUGCGUCUGGAGGAGGAAGGAGAGAGGAGGAAGAGGAGGAGGAGGAGGGGGCCUCUUUACAUCUAAAUAUUACAGCCAAUAUUCUCAGAGCUCAAGGUUACGCACACAGUCUGCCUCCCUCCACAGAUGGAGUAGGUGUUUCUGUUGUUUUGUUUUUAUUUUUCCUUCCACCUGAUCGGAUCCAAACACUGAGACUCUAAAGGUGCCGCUGAGGCGCAUCUGGAUCCAGCUGCCAGGAUGAUGGAGCUGCAGAUAGACGAGGUGGUGUACCAGGACGACUACGGCUCCGGCUCCGUGAUGUCGGAGCGCGUGUCGGGCCUGGCCAACAGCAUCUACCGGGAGUUCGAGCGGCUCAUCCGCAGCUACGACGAGGAGGUGGUGAAGGAGCUGAUGCCGCUGGUGGUGAACGUGCUGGAGAACCUGGACGCGGUGCUGACGGAGAACCAGGAGCACGAGGUGGAGCUGGAGCUGCUGAAGGAGGACAACGAGCAGCUCAUCACCCAGUACGAGAGGGAGAAAGCGCUGCGUAAGCAGGCGGAGGAGAAAUUCAUUGAAUUCGAAGAUGCGCUGGAAGCUGAGAAGAAGGACCUGCAGGUGCAGGUGGAGUUUCUGGAGCUUCAGGGAAAACAGCUGGAGCUCAAGACCAAGAAUUAUUCUGACCAGAUCACUCGGCUAGAAGAGCGAGAAUCUGACAUGAAGAAGGAGUAUAACGCUCUGCACCAGCGCCACACUGAGAUGAUUCAGACGUACGUCGAACACAUCGAGUCCAAAAUGCAGCAGGCGGGCAGUCAGGACGGCCCUGGCUGUGGACGAACUCAACGCCACACAUGGAGGAAAAGCAAAUCGGACCGGCCGCCAUCGUUGAGCCUGUACCCGAGCGGCGAGGGCAUGGUACGUGGGGGUCCUGGGGGGGCUAGGAUGGUGCCCGGGAAAGACAUCUGGCAGGAGGACGGGUCGGAGUCGGACUCGGUGGCGGCGACUCCCAGCAGCACGGGAAGCAAAUCCAACACCCCCACGUCCUCGGUGCCGUCCGCCUCCGUCACCCCGAUCAUCGAAGGGUUCCUGCCGGCGUCCGACUUCGACGGCACGACGCGGGCCGGGAACCGCAGGAAAAGUGCCAAGCGCCUCAGCCGCAACAUGGAGGUGCAGGUUUCCCAGGAGACCAGGAACGUCAGCAUCGGUAUGGGAAGCAGCGACGAGUGGCCCGAGUUUCAGGAGAUCAUCGAUUCGACCCCGGAGCUGGACAUGUGCGUGGACCCCCGAGUGUACGGAGGAGGAAACAGCCCGUCUCACGGCAUCGUUAACGAAGCCUUCGGCAUCAACACCGACUCCCUGUACCACGAGAUCAAAGACGCUAAGUCGGACAUCAUCGGGGACGUGGACGCGGGUGCCGAGCUGCUAGGCGAGUUCUCAGUCCGUGAUGAUUUCUUCGGGAUGGGUAAGGAGGUGGAGAACCUGCUGACGGAGAACAAACAGCUCCUAGAGACCAAAAACGCCCUGAACAUCGUGAAAAACGACCUCAUUGCCAAAGUGGACGAGCUGACGGGGGAGCGGGCGGUGCUGAGGGAGGAGCUGGAGGCCGUGAGGCAGUCAAAGAACAAGGUGGACGCCAGAGUCAAGGAGCUGGAAGAAGAACUGAGGAGGUUGAGAGCAGAGGCUCUCGGAGCAUCUCGUGACUCCAAGGAUGAAGGAGGCGAUGACUUUUCGUCGCCGAUGCAGGACGGCGACAUGACGAUGACGCAGCGGCGGCGCUUCACUCGGGUGGAGAUGGCCCGAGUCCUGAUGGAGAGGAACCAGUACAAAGAGCGGCUGAUGGAGCUGCAGGAGGCCGUGAGGUGGACGGAGAUGAUCAGGGCGUCGCGGGAGAGUCCCCCCAUCCAAGAGAAGAAGAAGUCCACCAUCUGGCAGUUCUUCGCGCGUCUCUUCAGCUCGUCGUCCAGCCCGCCGCCCGUCAAGAGGCCGUACUACAGCGUCAACAUCCACUACAAGUCGCCGUCGCCGGCCGGUUUCCCCCAGCGGCGCAGCCACACCAUGUGCCAGAUCUCCACCUCCAACCGCACCCUGGAGUUCUUCCCCGAAGAACUGGCCAGUAACGGUGUUGCGUCUCUCCUCAGCGACUCGGCGCUGUUGGCCCGUAGAGAGCAGCGCAGGGAACAGUACCGGCAGGUCCGCGAACACAUGCGGCGUGACGACGGCAUCAUGCAGGCCUGUGGAUGGAGCGUGCCGUCACGCUUCAAACAGACUGGAGGUCAGACGGACGCCGCUCAGGACAACCCGCUGAAGAGACAACAGACCACGAACGAGAAGGAAGACAACCGCAUGAAGAACGUCCCCGUCCCGGUGUACUGUCGCCCUCUGGUGGAGAAGGAUCCCAACAGGAAGUUGUGGUGUGCGGCAGGAGUGGACCUGACAGGGUGGAGGGUCAGCAGCCAGGAGUUGGCGGCGGCCAAAGCCCUGUCGGGGAGCAGCGACCCGCUUCACGCCGAGGAGGACGGCGCCGAUAAAAAGAACAACCACACGUCCCCCGAGAAGAGGAAGUCCAAGGAGCUCCACGAAACCGACACCAUGAGCAGUCGAGUCUGGAUCCUCACCAGCACCCACUCCGCCAGCAAGGUGGUCAUCAUCGACGCCAACCAGCCGGGCUCGCUGGUCGACCAGUUCAACGUCUGCAACGCCCACGUGCUCUGCAUCUCCAGCGUGCCAGGUGAGGAGGAGGAGGAAGAUCUUUUUUGUUCCACCGUAAACACAUCUCGUUACUCUCUUCACAACGUGUUUUCAUCGUUGUCGUCGUCGCCGCAUCCAGCCGCCAGUGAGAGCGAUUAUCCGGCCGGAGAGAUCGUGUUGGACCCAGGUGACGGCGGAGCGGGUGGAGGAGAGGAUGCGGGGAGCGUUGAAGGUAUGCUGGCCGGCAUCACGCUCGUCGGCUGCGCCACCAACUGCAGCGUUGCUCGCAGCAACUGCUCCUCGCGCACUGACACGCCGAUAAUGGACAAAGGACAAGCUCCCACCGCUCCGCCCGCCAACGGGAAGAUCCACCCGGCGCAGUCGGCCGAGGAAGCCACCGAGGCCACCGAGGUCCCCGAGUCCAACGCCGGCCACUCGGAGACGGGACGUCCGGGGCCGUUCAUGGAGCACGUCUUCACCGAUCCUCAGCCUCGUCCGGCUGACGCCUCCGAGAGGAGCUCAGGACAGUCCAAGGAGGAAACGUCUCAGCCGCAGGAGUCGGAGGAAGGAGGCGAAGAAGCCAAAAACUACACCAGCGUGGCCCCAACCAUGUGGCUCGGAGCCCAGAACGGCUGGCUUUACGUCCACUCAGCUGUUGGAAACUGGAAGAAGUGUCUCCACUCCAUCAAACUCAAAGACUCGGUGCUCAGUCUGGUCCACGUGAAAGGUCGUGUCCUGGUCGCCCUCGCCGACGGGACUCUCGCCAUUUUCCACAGAUCCGAAGACGGUCAGUGGGAUUUGUCCAACUACCACCUGAUGGACCUGGGCCGCCCCCAUCACUCCAUCCGCUGCAUGGCUGUCGUCCACGACAAAGUCUGGUGCGGCUACAAGAACAAGAUCCACGUCAUUCAGCCCAAAAGCAUGCAGAUAGAGAAGUCCUUCGACGCCCACCCUCGCAGGGAGAGUCAGGUGCGUCAGCUCGCCUGGAUCGGAGACGGCGUUUGGGUUUCGAUCCGUCUCGACUCGACGCUGCGUCUCUACCACGCCCACACGCACCAGCACCUGCAGGACGUCGACAUCGAGCCGUACGUCAGCAAGAUGCUCGGGACCGGGAAGCUCGGUUUCUCCUUCGUGCGAAUCACGGCUCUUCUGAUCGGUGGAAAUCGUCUUUGGGUCGGGACCGGAAACGGAGUGAUCAUCUCCAUCCCGCUGACAGAGACCGUGGUCCUUCAUCGGGGGCAGCUCCUGGGUCUGAGGGCCAACAAGGUGUCUCCCACGUCCUCCGGUGGCGUGAUCCACGUGUACGGCGACGACGGCGGCUCCGAGAAAAGCAGCGGCAGCUUCAUCCCGUACUGCUCGAUGGCGCAGGCCCAGCUGUGUUUCCACGGACACCGGGACGCCGUCAAGUUCUUCGUCUCCGUACCAGGUAACGUGUUGGCCACUUUAAAUGGCAGCGUGUUGGACAGUCCGUCGGAGGGGACGGGCUCGGCGGCGCCCGCAGAGACGGAGGCUCAGACGGUUCAUAACGUGCUGGUGCUGAGCGGUGGAGAGGGAUACAUCGACUUCCGCAUAGGCGAUGGGGAGGACGAUGAGACGGAGGAGGCGGACCCCGGCGGCGGUGGGGGCGGCGGCGGCAGCGGUGGUGGGGGCGGAGCCUCUCAGAUGAAACCCUCGUUGAGCAAAGCCGAGCGAAGCCACAUCAUCGUCUGGCAGGUGUCUUACGUCCCCGAGUGACACCGGAUCCGCUUUAACUUUAACGCCCACCUCCCCCCCCCCACAGACGCUUCCAGCCGCCACCUUGUAAUUUAACCCCCCCCCCUCCGGUCGUGUAAAACCAGUUCAAGCUGACGCCCCCUUCACCCCCCCCUCAAAAGCCGUGUUAUUGUCCCCUGUAACUAUUAAACCCCUCCAUCCUGUAACUUUAACGCCUCCUCUGAUCUAGUAAUCUGCCUGCGACCCUGUUUCUGCCCCCCCCCCCGGGGGCCUCGUAACUACCUCCCUCCUCUGCAUCCACCUUAUAUCCACCUCCACUGUCCUGCAUCUGCCCCCCCAAACAGUUACUCCCUCCAUUUAGUUUGGUCACGUCUGUGGAAAAAACAAAAGCCCGGAGUGACACGAUAAAAAAAAAAAAAGAAUAAAAAGAGAUAAAUAAGAAGAACAAAGUGGAGCUUUGCGGGUGGAGAUGUCAGCAGCAGAGAUGCCGGGGGUGGAGGUGUUUGUUGAAACUCGAAGGUGAAGACGAGAGGGAAAGCGAUGGAGACGUGUCCGACGUUUCGAGGACGUAUUUUCCGGUGUAGAGACGUGUCUGAAGCUCGUGGUGUGUUCAGGGUUUUACUGUAAAUCUCCAUCCUUCUCUGUUCAGUAUGGAAACUCUUGCAUCGAUCUCUGUGUGGAUUAAAUAUUAUUAAACAUAUUCGUGUGCUGA